ACUGUAACUUGGAUGGUGAAACCAAGGUGCCCAGAGGUUUUGAAAUUACUUGGCGGAGGAGGGGAAGAAGGGUUGGGUCUCUGGUUUCUCAAUUUGGUGUUUUAAAAACAAAAGGGAAAAAGCUUCGUGCAAAUUGACGUUCGCAGGCAGUAGGAGUGAUUGUUCUCUUAAGACAAGGGAGGAGCAGGUGGGAACUGGACGUGGCUGGGCUGGCUGAGUGGCGGAACAUUGGCUAUGGAGCAAGGCGACACGAACUUGUAUUCUGGGCAGAAUCCGUUCAGGAAGAGACUGCCACGGGCUGGCAACUGAGAUGUGGAAUUAUCGCAACCUUGCUUUAAAUUGCAACACCAACCUCAGGCACUAGUCACCGCUCUGUUCGAGAGUGGGUGCUGAGCAAACUUUGUCGAGCAGCCUAGCCGGUGGGAGAGAAGUUGCAUGCUUGCGUUAUCCCCCGGAGUUGGGGCUGCUGCGACUGAGCAACCCAACCAGGAGCCCAGAUUAGAUCCUAUUGGGGCAAAUGAGGUGGCUGUGCCUGCAAAAACAAAUCCUUGCCCAAGAGCAAGGGAAAACGCGCUUUGCAAGCUAUUCGUGGUUUGACAGCUGGUGUUUGGGAGUGUGUCGUUGGCUCCACUGAGCAAACUCGAAAUGGCAGGGCGAGCAAGGGGUUAUGGCAGGGCAGCGGCGAGCGCCAGGUCUGCCGGCCCCGAGAACACGGCUGACCAGCAGCGGUCUGUCUCGGCUCCCGGUCGGGACUGAGCCACAGACCUAACCACGGGCAGCGCAGGCGCGCGUCCCCGCGGUUGCUGACUGACUGACUGACUGACUGACUGACUGACCGACUGAGCAGGAAGCCAGCGGCCUCGCCGCCGCGGGAGAGAAACGGCGAGGUCGGCUGGGAGACACACGGGGAGACGCGGGCCGCGGCGGGGGAUGGACGAGGUGGCGCGGCCGUGAGCAGCUCCGAGGCGCCCGGGUCACGUCGGGUCCCGGCCGCCGCCCUCACCGCCCGCCUCCUCACGUGUUCUCGGCGUGGCGCGGGUUAAAAUGCAAAGGGAAAAAAAUGCACACGGAACGGACAAAAUGUUCUGAGAUUACUUUAGAGGAGAAAAAAGUGAGCUGUAGAUUGCACUUUUUUUAAAAUUUAGUGCAGAGUGCUGAAUUUCGUUUCCGCCCCCUCCCCUCCACAUUCCUGACCUCCCCCUCCCCCCGCCCCGUCUCUCCUGCUUUCCUUCCUCUUCUUCCAAGUUCUGGGAUUUUUUUUUUUUUUUCUGUCAGCCUUGCUCGGUUUUGGCCAAAAGCACAAAAAAGGCGUUUUCGGAAGCGACCCGGCCGUGCACAAGGGCCAUUUGUUUGUUUUGGGACUCCGGGCAGGAAAUCUUGCCGGGCUUGAGUCACGGCGGCUCCUUCAAGGAAACGUCAGUGCCGGCCGGCCGCUCCCGCCCGCCGCCCGUCGGGGAGAUGCAGGGCGCCCCGGCCAGGGCCCGGCUCGAGUCCCUGCUCCGGCCCCGCCACAAAAAGAGGGCCGAGGCGCAGAAAAGGAGCGAGUCCUUCCUGCUGAGCGGACUGGCUUUCAUGAAACAGAGGAGGAUGGGUCUGAACGACUUCAUUCAGAAGAUUGCCAAUAAUUCCUACGCAUGCAAACACCCAGAAGUUCAGUCCAUUUUGAAAAUCUCGCCACCCCAGGAGCCCGAGCUCAUGAACGCCAACCCUUCUCCUCCACCGAGUCCGUCUCAACAGAUCAACCUUGGCCCAUCAUCCAACCCUCACGCUAAACCAUCAGACUUCCACUUCUUAAAAGUGAUUGGAAAGGGCAGCUUUGGAAAGGUCCUUUUAGCGAGACACAAGGCAGAGGAAGUUUUCUAUGCGGUCAAGGUUCUGCAGAAGAAAGCGAUCCUGAAGAAGAAGGAGGAGAAGCACAUCAUGUCGGAGCGGAAUGUCCUGCUGAAGAACGUGAAGCACCCUUUCCUGGUGGGCCUGCACUUCUCCUUCCAGACAGCUGACAAGCUCUACUUUGUCCUGGACUACAUUAACGGGGGAGAGUUGUUUUACCAUCUCCAGAGGGAACGCUGCUUCCUGGAACCACGGGCGCGUUUCUAUGCUGCUGAGAUAGCCAGUGCCUUGGGUUACCUGCACUCCCUGAACAUCGUGUAUAGAGAUUUGAAGCCGGAGAAUAUUCUGUUAGAUUCACAGGGACACAUUGUCCUUACUGACUUUGGACUCUGCAAGGAGAACAUUGAGCACAAUGGCACGACAUCCACCUUCUGUGGCACCCCGGAGUAUCUGGCACCAGAGGUGCUCCAUAAGCAGCCCUAUGACAGGACGGUGGACUGGUGGUGCCUCGGGGCCGUCUUGUAUGAGAUGCUGUAUGGCCUGCCUCCUUUCUAUAGCCGAAACACAGCUGAAAUGUAUGACAACAUUCUGAACAAGCCCCUGCAGCUGAAACCAAAUAUCUCAAAUUCCGCAAGAAACCUCCUGGAGGGCCUCCUGCAGAAGGACCGGACCAAGAGGCUCGGUGCCAAGGAUGAUUUUAUGGAGAUUAAGGGUCACGUCUUCUUCUCUGUAAUUAACUGGGAUGAUCUCAUUAAUAAGAAGAUUAUGCCUCCUUUUAACCCAAACGUGAGCGGACCCGGUGACCUGCGACACUUUGAUCCCGAGUUCACUGAAGAACCAGUCCCCAACUCGAUUGGCAGGUCUCCCGACAGCAUCCUCAUCACAGCCAGCGUGAAGGAAGCCGCCGAGGCCUUCCUGGGCUUCUCCUACGCACCACCCAUGGACUCCUUCCUCUGAACACUCUUGGGGUUGGUUGUGAAGGAUUUCCUGUGUUUCUUAACGAUUUCAGUUAGCCUUCCGGCAGAGCUGCCAGCUGACGGGACAUCUUUGACGAGAAUUUGCACAUCCUCGGGAGUUUGGCAGUCUCACCGCACACGGCUUGCUGCAAGCUUGGGGACGAGCACAUCAUCCUCUCAGUGAGCUCACAAGGCUUUCCUUCUUCCUUCCAACGUGGUGCUAUCUCCGAACCGAGCGUGAGAGGGCCGUCCCAAGACCGAGGCCAGAGUCUGGUUAGAAGGAGGACGAGCGUGUUCUGACAGGCACCUGUUGCGGGACUGUCAUGAAUAUUAAUGAAACGUGCCUUUCCUGAUGAGGUUGUGUUAGCUCCAAAGCUUUUCCUACUGUGGAGUGUUUCCGUUCUGUACUCCUCCUUGUGGCUCUCCCCGUGUGACCAGUGGUGUGAGUGUGGCGUGCUUGAUCACAGGUGGAUUUUGUUAUAAGCAUCAAUGUGACACUUGCAGGACACUACAAUGUGGGACAUUGUUUGUUUCUUCCAUAUUUGGAAGAUAAAUUUAUGUGUAGACAUUUUUUGUGAGAUAUAGUUAAUAACUAAAAUUUCUUGAAAUGGUCUUGCAAUGACUUGUAUCCAGAUGCUUAAAGAAAGCAUUGCUGCUACAAAUAUUUCUAUUUUUAGAAAGGGUUUUUAUGGACCAAUGCCCCAGUUGUCGGUCAAAGCCGUUGGUUUGUUCUUGUUUAAAAUGUCACCUAUAAAGUGGGCAUUAUUUAUGUUGUGUGUGUGUGUGUGUUUUUUUUUUUGCAUUCCUGAUAACUGUAUGUAUUGUAUAAAGAAAGUCUGUACAUUGGAUUAUAACACUAGUAUAUUUAAACUUACAGGCUUAUUUGUAACGUAAGCCACCAUUUUAAUGUACUGUAAUUAACAUGGCUAUAAUCUGUACAAUCCUCUCCUGCACACAACUUUUUUUUGUGUGUGAUAAACCAAUUUCAGUUUGCAAUAAAACCUUGAAAAGUA